UCAGCGGGCUCACUCAGCUUCAUCAACUUCAGUCAGCUUGGGCUCGGCAGCGCUUUCUAAUUGUUCACUGCGGAAACCUUUUAAAAACGAGCCAUUAUAAAACAUUCGACCAUCACCCGUUAUAAUGGCCUCCAACACUAUUCACCAAGAUCCUGAUCUCGACGGUAUCGAGGCAGGCGAUCAAUACAUAACCAGCGACGACGUUCUUGCAGAGGUGCCCGACGAUGGUGACCAUCCCAUGGAUGAGGACGAUGACGGAGAGGAUGACGAUAUUGUCGGCGAACUACCUGGAUCAUCCUCCUCUGGCGAAGAUAACUCGGUGCAAGCCUUUCCCAAUCACCAAGCAUCCGUCUUUGCAGUUUCCAUGCAUCCGACAGAGGCCCUCGCGGCAUCUGGAGGAGAAGACGACUUUGGUUACAUCUGGGACAUCACAGACGGAGAGGUGAUUGUCAAGUUGACGGGCCAUAGCGACAGCGUGACCAGCACAGCUUGGAGUCGGGACGGCGAGCUCAUUGCAACUGGAGGCAUGGACGGAAAGGUCAGGAUAUGGAGAAGAGUGGGGACGGAAAACUACCGGACUUGGGAAUUUCUGACAGAACUUCAAGGGCCUGAUGAGGUCAUGUUUUUGCGAUGGCAUCCUAAAGGUUCUGUGCUACUGGCAGGAUCGAAUGAUUCCACCCUUUGGUUGUGGCAGCUGCCUUCUGGGAAUACAAUGCAGGUCUUUGCGGGACACACGGGGGCUGUACAGUGCGGGGAAUUUACCCCAGACGGCAAAAAAAUUGUUUCAGCAUGUGCAGACGGAACUUUGAUAUACUGGGAUCCCAGGCAAUCUGCACCUAUCUUCAAAUUGUCUGCAGAUGAUGCGCGUUUCAACCUUGAUGGUAUUACCUCUCUAGGUGUUAACUUCUCUUCAACACUCGCUGUUGUUGGUGGUGCCGCGGGAGGCGUCCGCGUUGUCAGUUUGAGCAAGGGUGAAGUCGUCGCAACUUUGGGAGGUCAUACUGAAGGCGAAAGCAUCGAAGCCGUCCAAUUUAUAGACCUGAUUGGUAACAACAAUACCGGACCUGGUAUUGUUGCUACGGGAGCAACUGACGGAAAGAUUUAUAUCUGGGACCUAUCAACGAUGCGAUUGCGAACAACACUCGAACAUGAGGAUGCGGUCACAUCACUGCUGGCGUUGCCUCCGCCUAAGACCUAUCUUUUGGUUUCUUCUUCAGCUGAUAAAACCUUACGGACGUGGGAUGCUCGUACUGGAACUCUCAUUCAGGAACAUAAAGGCCACCAAGGCCCCGUUUUGGGUGCAUCUCUUGGUCUGGAUGGAUCUGUAGUUGUCAGUGCGGGAGAUGAUGGUGUUUGCCUGGUUUUUACUACGGAAGAAGCAGAAGAACCUUAGGAAGACUGUUUGUUUGUAAGAGUGAGUUGUUAGAGGUUACCUAUAAUCCUUAUUCUACUCCCAGAGGUAGAAAUGCAGAUAUAUAGAUUGUUGUAGCAUUUAUGAGUACGGUGUUGCUUUAGUCAAAAACUCUGCCAAUUUUAUACAUCCUGACGCCG